GUUUGGGACAACUGUGAUCCAGGCUCAAUGAGGGACAAGUCUUAGAGGGUCAGGGCUGGCCACAAGGUGACUUGGGUACCCCUGCCGGGACCUGGAGCUAUUUCCACCUUCAGUUCCAGGGUCCUCGGCUUCGCGCAAGAGCAAAUGGAGCAGCACCCUCUGCAGGACCAAGAGCAGAAGGAGGCCAGCAUGGUGGCCAAGCCGCAGAGAAACACAUGUGAAGAGGCAAUGAUCCUGCAGGAAAGACAAGUAACAAUCACUGAAACUCUGUGGGACCAGGUGCUGUCCGCUUUUAAGGAUAUACAAAAGGAGCUGCAGGAAGAUGCUCGGAUUCGAGGGAUGAGCAACUGUUGUGUAUCACCCAUCUCAUCUGCACCCAGAACCGGGAGCACAAGGCCUCCAGAUUUCUCCACAACCUCAAAGGUGAAGUCGCAGUUCAGCACUGGGGACCAGCCAUCGGGAACCAAUUUCCACAACCUUAGGACACAACUCUCCGGCCAGUCAGCUUACUAUCCUGGACCCUAACUCUAGCGUCAAGGAAGAAAGAACUCCUCUGCUUCUGCCAGGGCUCAGCUAAUUGCCUGCAAAGGAGAAACUAUUGGAGAAACAUCAUCACUGAGCCAAGGAAAGGCCGUGGUGUGCACAAGCAGAGACACCAGUGUCUAUGGCUGCAGCUGGGAACAUGGAAAUCAGAUGAGACCCCAAAACACCCCAGUUGCCAAGCAGAGAACCAAGCAAAUAAACAACUGUGGAAAUAAA